GAACAUGAAAUAUCUAACCACCGAAGGUAAAAGAAACGACCAAAGCCUCAAACUGAACUUAGCUCUUCCCUCUCCUGUUCUCUCUGUCAGCUCUUCUUUAUUAUUAUUAUUAUUAUUGAAUUGAAGUACCCAAUAGACAAACAGGUCAAUGUUGCAUGCAAUCUCUGUCCCAAACACUUGCAUUCCGUAUCCAAGAAGCCGGUGUUUUAGUCAAAGGAACCGAGGCUCAACAAGGCUCUGUGUGCGCGCUUCGUUGCCAGAUAAUAAUGAUAGAUUUAAAGUGGAGUAUACACCUUGGUUGAUUGUUGGAUUGGGUAACCCUGGAAAUAAGUACCAUGGAACUCGGCACAAUGUUGGUUUUGAGAUGAUUGAUCAAAUUUCUCAAGUGGAGGGGAUUGCGUUGAAUACUAUACAGUCAAAAGCUCUAAUUGGAUUAGGUGCCAUUGGGGAAGUACCAAUUUUGUUGGCAAAGCCUCAGGCAUACAUGAAUUUCUGUGGGGAGUCGGUUGGGCCUCUUGCUGCUUAUUAUCAAGUACCCUUGCGUCACAUUUUAUUGAUAUAUGAUGAGAUGAGCUUGCCAAAUGGUGUUCUCAGGCUUCAGCCGAAGGGAGGACAUGGUCAUCAUAAUGGAGUGAAGAGUGUGAUGGGCCAUUUGGAUGGUUGUCGUGAAUUUCCUCGAUUGUGCAUAGGCAUUGGAAAUCCACCUGGCAGUAUGGACAUGAAAGCUUAUCUUCUGCAGAAGUUCAGUUCAGUGGAGCGAAAUCAGAUUAAUGCAGCAUUGGAACAAGGAGUUGAGGCUGUGAGGACCAUAGUGCUCAAUGGAUUCAGCCACAAAAUCACAAGAUUUAAUUUAGGACAGAAGUAUAAGUAUCACAAAGUUUGAUCAUGCAGAAACAAAAUUCAACUUGUUUGACUAUAUCAAAAGUUACAUGUUACAUACCGAUGGAUGAAGAGAUGAAGUUUCCAUUGCCUUUCCUCGCACUAACAGCCGUAUUGGUGUAGUAAGUGUAACCAUUUAAAUCGUACUAGUAGCAUCCAGAAAGCCCCCAUUUUCCCGUUAUUUGAAAACUUUAAAAGGUGAUAAUGUGUUAAAAAGUUUUCUUGUAGUCUUAACGAAAUAGUAAGGUGGUGGUAUAGAGCUGAAUGAUUACCAGAAAUGGUCUAUUAUCAUAUCUGCUUCUGAAA